AUAUGUUAUUGGAAAGAAAAAAGAUGGCGACGGGACCACGACCUUGGCUUAUAACGUUCUGUAUAACGUUAAUCUACGUCAAAAGAACGUGUCCUAAAAUAGUAGAAGGAACUAUAGACACGAAAGAAGAUUGGAGUUUUUUGACGAGAUUUUGUUACAAAGAUUCAAUUGGAGAAAUUAGAUAUCGUUUUGAAUACCCAGAGUCUUAUGCUACACAGAAUAUUUUUCUUUACUUCGACACUCAGUGGCCUAGAGUGUACCCUAAACCUGAAAUGUCUUGUUUAGAUAAAGAAGACAAGGUGUACAGAGGGAAUAACCAAGUUAUAAACCUUACAACCAGUUAUGUGUGGUCUGGAUGUAAAAAGAAAGAUUUGGAUAAUGAAUCUUACUUAGAGUGCACUGGAGAUAGGCGUUUUGUAUCUUCUCGUGAGAGAUGGUGGUAUUUAGCUGUAAGCAACUGCAAGUCUACUAAGGGACUGCUGUUGAAGUACAGAUUAGAAAUGACAAAUGGAGAUACGUUUUGGAAAAAGCAUUUCUCUGCAGACGAAAGAUUCAUUCUUCCAAUGGACAUAGCAUUUUUUAUUAUAUUUACCAGUUUGUGGUUUCUUGGCAUCUAUGUAGCAUGUCAACUAACUUCUCGAAGAUUAUUUCACUUCUCAUACAAAUUAUAUUUGUGUUCCCUGACAUUUGAAGUGCUUAGCUUGAUAUUCUACCUAAUAUAUUACAUUGAGUAUGGAAAAAAAGGAAUUGAAAAAUAUGGAAUUUCAGUAGUAGGGCGUGCCUUUCAUUUCACUUCUCAUGUUGUAUUCCUAAUAAUGCUUAUUUUGAUGGCCAAAGGAUGGACAGUGACAAGAGGACGUAUCAGUUCUUCUGGUCAGAUCAAGCUCAGUAUCUUUGGCACAGUGUACACAGUGUGUUUUGCCAUCCUUUUCUUCUAUGAAGUUGCUGUGUUUGAUCCUGGCAAGGUCCUUUACAUCUAUGAGAGCCCUGCUGGUAUUGGAAUCUGUGUUCUGAGAGUCAUAGCUUGGUUGUGGUUCUGUUAUGGGACUUUCUUUACACUGAAGCACUAUCCAAACAAAAGCAAUUUUUAUUACCCAUUCUGGAUAAUCUACACAGGAUGGUUCCUUGCUGGGCCAAUCAUGGUUGUUAUUUCAGCGUAUAGAAUACAAAAAUGGGAAAGAGCUCAAAUUGUUAACGGAAUUGAUUGGUGCAUCUCUAUUCUGGCACAUGGUGUUUUCUUGGUCAUUACCAGACCUAAUGCAGCAAAUUCCAAUUUCCCAUUUCACCUAAGAACCAAUCAGAUUGGCAUUCAAGAAGCUGCUCCCUCCAGACCUUCAGAGAAUGGAAUUGCAUACUACACUCCUCCCCUGCCAACUGCACCCCCUCCUUACUACUCUCAGCAACCAGGUCGCUUCACAGACAUCACAUCAAUGUUUUCAGUUGGUGGAGGGGCCAAUGGCAAGCUGCCAUAUCCACCUGCAAAUUCUUCAAAUGGUUUGCAGAAUCCUUAUCCACCCAUGAAUGGAACACAAAAUGGUGGAAUGAAUGGAAUACCAAUGAUGACAACAAGCCCCAACUGAUCAGUGUCUGCUCAUCAUAGACUGAAUAUUGUAGAUUUGUCUUGUAUAAAAUUGUUUUUCUAUGACUUUCUAAUAUUCAUACUUAGUGUUUUAGACUCAUACAUGUGCCUAGUCAUUCAUGACACAUGCCAAGAAUUUAAAAACUGUUUUGCUUUGUUAUUUGUUGUUUGUAAGUGAAAUGUUGUCUGUAAGUUAAAUGUUGUUUGUUUAUAUGAUGAUUUAUUUUUUGUGCUUAUCUUUUUCCCUACAAGUAAACUAUGUUUAGUUAAUCUUUUGUAAAUUUGCAGUGGAAGCUUUUGUGGCAAGUACUCUUACAACUUGGUGGCUUUUCCCACAUGUAGAACCAUUUUCACUACACUUUGAACUACCAUUACAACUCUUUAUUUGCACACUUCCUUGAAAAGAACCCACUAAUAAGCAGAAGUAGGCCUUCCCAGAAGUUAAAAACUGGUUUUCCAUUGAUUUUAAAGUCCUCUAAGUACUCAAGCCUUGUUCAAUGGUAGGGGAUAAAUUGUAUUUUAAUCAAUCUGAAUUCCACAUUGUCACUUGUCGCAAUUAUUUCAUAGUUCAUAAAUUACUACAUACAAUUUUCAUGUUUUCCUGGUAGUCAUAAAGUAACAUUCAUUUACUUUUCAAAAUGUUGUGAUGGCUAAAUUUAAAGCAAAGAGUAAAACUUUGCAGACUUCCACAGUUGCAAUAUGGUAAUAAGUAAAUAUAAAGCAUGCAAAAUGGUAUUCAAGUCUAACCUCACCAUGAUAGUUAGCCUGCAGAGCAAGCAUAAUUUUGGCAAGGGAGUGCUCAGUAUUUUCUUGGUGAAAAUUAUAGCUACUAUGAUGGUAGCAGAAGGCUGGGUAGAGAAAGAAAUUUGUACCAAGGAAGUGAGUGACUGUCAAAAGGAAGGAGAGAGGAAUAUGUGGUACAAUAGCCACAAAAAUGUAUCCCAGCUGGACUGUAGGCUAUAAUUUAUGAGGGAAGUUCUUGAAUUUUUACCUUAAAAACUAAUUCACCAAAGUGAAGGUGAAUUGUAGUUGAUAUUCACUAAACUGCAAGGCAGCAAGGUAUAUAUCUAGGGCUUUCAUCAACACUGAGGUGAAUAAUUGUUUUAGUACAUGCCAUACAGAAACAAAAAUCAUUUGUUUAUUUCUGUCAUUAUACAAGGGUUAAAAAUUAAACUCUUGAUAUGUUACCUUGUUUCUUCGGGUGCUCAGAGGUGAAUAGGCACUGGUUUAUCACUUUUGAACUAGCCAAGUGCAAGUGCAAAAAACAAUAUUUCACCUAACUGUGUGGUAGACACAAGAAGAACUAUUCAAUUUUGCAUUGAUAUGCAUCAUAAUUUCAAAAUUUCUUGUUGUGUUUAAAAAUGUUUAUAGGGCAUUACAAAAUGUUAUAAUAAUUGUUCCUCUUAAUUUAUUGUGAAUUGCUUUGCAAGUUAACGUAAUUUAAAUAGCAGACAACAAGAGAAUUCACUUAGCAUGUAAUAGUUUAACUUCUUGGAAGUUAACUAGGUGAACAAUUUCCACAUUUUGUGUACAUAGUAAAGUAACUUAAAGUUUGGCUUUUAUAAUAAAACUAAUUUUUUAUUCCA